AUGGACAACAUGGAUAUUGAUAUUGUUGCUGCUGCUGAUGGUCCUUAUUUUUUUAAGGCAAUUGUAUCUCGCACGUCCCAUACGAUGAGGUUCAGUAUCCAGACCAUUGAGGGUCGUAAGUACGAGACGACUUUGACUAUGGUGAACAACUGCCGAACAUUAGUGGAUGGGUGGAGAGAGUUCAUUCAUUCAGAAUACAUAUCCAUGGGCUGCAUCCUAGUUUUUCAUCCCAGGACAAUAUUCGACUUUCAAGUGUGGGUGAUGCAGCCUAACGGAUGCGAGAGGCAGCCGCAGUUCACUAGGGAAUUUAAGCCAACUCAUGUGGAGCGUGCACGUUUGGCAAUCCCCAUGCAGUUUUGGAGGGGUUUCAUUGAAGGGCAGUACGUGAACUACAAUUCCGCAGUUUUGCUGUUUGGCGACAACCUCUAUGAUGUCGAUAUAAUUCACGAGCAUGGGAAAAAGCUCAUUCAGAAUGGGUGCUCGGUAGUUCAUCGAUAA